AUGAAAAAGCGCUGUUUUCGAGACUUCGGAUGUUUGCGGUCGUCUGAUAAUGUAGGUAUCAGUAUUUUAUUUCUUAAUUUUUUACAUAUCGGCCGUAACCUCUGACAUGCACAUAUGAAUUUUAUGUUCACUUCAAUCUGUCAUCGGGAUUUGACGCUUAUGUUAAAUAGUAACGCUAUCUUAACCAAAUAGAACUGCUUUAUUUUAACGAUUUCGCAUUAGAGUGGAGAGAACAUAUAAGUAUUACACUAAUACGCUGCUAUGGCAUGCGGUUAUUUUUGAAAAAUUCGGGUUUGCGAUCAUAGAUUUUGACUGCAUAAAAUAAACUAUCUAUCAUAUGAUAUAUAAAUAUAUAUAUAAUAGGCUAUCCUAUCAUAUGAUAGGAUAGUGUAUUGAAUCAUAUUUAUUGGAACUUUUCUAGUUGAAACUAAAGUGUUCUUGUUAAACAUUUCGUGCACAAAAACUCACUAUCCUGAUUAAACGUUAGUUUUCAUUAGUUAAUUAAUCUGAAGUUCAUGAUGUCACAGACAUUAAAGGCUCGAUAGCGUUGUUCUUCAUGCCUUUGUAACUGAGGAUCUCAAUUGCAGUCGAACCAGAAGUCAGUAAGGAAGCAGUUUAAGAGUAUAGUUUGAAGAUAGUCGAAGAAUCGAGAAGUGUGUGAUCAAAGUGGACUAGUUAUUAUCAGGGACGGGAAGCAGGCCAUACUCAGUGGUGAUCUGGAGAGAAUAUGUGACCACGUCCCUUUAGCUAGGGUGUGCCCAUUGAAACUAAAAAGGUCAGCAUCAAUCUUAGAGACUUACAGGAUUUUUUAGUUUGGGGAUCUAUUUACCUUUAUGGUUAUUCAGUGUUUGACAUAAAUAUUAAUCUCUUAGUUUGAAUUCCCACAGUAUGUCCAACAUUAAACACGGAAUUCGAGUUCUAUUUGGCUGUGUUAACUGAUUAAGUAACCAUCAAGGACUAUCUCGGAUUGCAUUUUUAUAUUUUUUAGACUUAAUAAAAUGGUGAAACAAUAAACAGCCAACUAGUUAACGGUUGUGGCUUGACAUUUAGGAACUUCACAAAUGGCUGAAUAAAGUCAGCAGGACAAAAUUAUAGGAAAUACAAAAGAAAUAUUAGGAAUGAAUUCAAAAUAAACCCAAGUUUAUUCCACAUAAACAAAAACAUGUAGAAUCUCUAUUUUUCCAUUAUUGGAGUAAAAUUCAGUCAUCAAACAUCAUUGAUAAUAGUCUUUUAAUAAAUCGUGAAACAGUUUCAUGGGAGAGGAGUUCUUACGCAUAUGUCACUUAACAUCUCAAAAAUAUUUUAAAACCAUAGAAUUUAUGAAGGGCUUAUGAAACAUGAAAUCUUAUGAUAAUAGAUGUUUUAUAAAGGGGAAUGGUUUGUAAUUAGCAACAAUAACUAAGUCACUGUUGGUUGCGAUUCCGGAAUACUUUUCAAGGUUAUCCCCUUUCUUCACGUAGCGCAAACUACUGUUAACAUUCCGUUAGUUUUCGGACUGUUGUUCCUGUGAUUAUUUUUAGCGUUAUACACGGGAAAAGUUGCCUUGGAUAUGCUUAGUGCACUCGUAUGAUAAACAACUGAUUAAGUAAGCACGGUGAAAGUACCGUAUUUUGUGGUAACAGAAACAACAAACAACCUACUUAUCUUAAUUAACCACUGUUUUUAAAAUGAUGUGCGAAAGCGUUCUGAUCCUGAUUAUGUUGAACAGUAAGGUAUAAUGUCAGUAAAACUGAGUGCUGAAAUUAAUUAUCAUGUAUGUCAAAAAUUUGAGCAGAUUUCGAAAGUUAUGGGCGUUUGAGCCAGGAGCUAAACUAUGUUGUCUGACUCAGUUUAUUACGGGUGAAUUUUCUAGGUAUCUCAGCUUUACAAAAAAUACUUUUGAAACUUUAUGUUUUCACGUUUCUUUGACAUUCUCAAGGGUCCUUAGUUUGCCUUUAUUUUAGUAAACAAAAGUGAAAAUAGGCGGGGCAAUGUACUACGGUUUUUUUAACUAACAUUAUGAUAGCACAUUGUCAGAAUAAUUUUAUAUUUAAGUUACAACUCAUAUAUUUCAUCCAAGGAUCUAAUCAGUAGUCUCAACAAAUAUGAAAGAUACUGGAAAAAUACCGGCUAAAAAUUACACAUGACCUAAUGUCAUCACAUUGAAACACUCCUACAGUGGUGAGAAAGAGGAAAUAUAUGAUGCUUAUACAUAGUGGUGAGUGUAUUACUGAGCAAUUUACUCUGCAAUACUGUGUGCUUGUCUUGAGAUCUGAUAUUAUUUUGUCGUUUAUUCAUAGAUAUCGUUUCAUUUUUUAUUUAUAUUUGCCGGUUUAAUCUUUCUUACUGUUACUAAAGCUACUAUUCUUCUGACUCCUUUCACUUAUCUUCUUGACUUCUGCCAAGUCAAUGUGGUUUGAGAACCUGACGUGAUGGGAUUUGUGUCAGGUUCCAUACUGAUUGUGACUGGCUAACACAUGCGUCGGGUUUAUAAAAUAUACUUAGGCUUUCUAUGUGCAAAACAGGGGUUUGUUUGUGAAAUAUGGGUCAAAACAGAUAAGGGUGAUCAUAAGCAUUAACAAGUUGUUUGAUUCAAACACCUAAGUACCUGUUUAUGGAAUAAACAGGCAAUUAUUCUGGGACUCAAAAAUCAUAUGAGAGACAUUCAUCAUAUUCAUAAGGUUUGCCAAACAAGAUCAAUCGGUUUCUACAUCUUAAGUAGUUUUAAAGAUUCCUUUGCGUGAUAAAAGCGUGUGAAAUUUCCGAAGCUUGGAAAUCUUUACAAAAGCUGUUGAAACGUCAAAUAAAAGUAGACAAAUUGUACUUGUUUUUAUGAUAGCUAACAACAAUACCCGAGAUAUUCCUACUCCAGAGAAUUAGGUAAUAUAUUUAACCAGUUAAACAAGUUGUUAUUAAUUUAAAUUGAAUUUACCUUGCUAGCGUUACUAUCUUUACAUGGAGACGGUUUCAUAGUACAGUGAUAGUACAAACCAUUCCAAAUUGAGUGAAAUUCAUGUACAUAAUAUGACAUAGUAAUUGUUAUUUUCUCUUCUGACAUUUAUCAGCUAUAUUCAGGCUGUAAAAGACGUAUAAAAUGUACCAACACUUAACUUUAUAACAAGAACAUACUAUAGUGAUUAAAGCUUACUUUGAUUUCACCAUCAAUAUAAGUCGAUUUUCUUGAAAUCGAGUAAUUCAAGUUGAGUUACAUCUAUUGUAAAAUUCAAAUAGGUGUUUAUGAAGUCUAUAUAUUUAAAAAUAUUUUUUCAAAGCCGAGUUGUCGCCUUUAAUUUUACGUAUAAAUUGUUUACAGUUUUAUUAAAAGCUAUGAGACUAAUUGUUAUAAUUUUGUUAACUGUUAUAAGUAAAACUUACGAAAUAAGUUGGACGUUUGAAUAAAAUACGUCCAAUCAUGGAAUAUCAUGAUCACACACGGAAUGCAAAACUUUGCUAAGUGUUUCACAUGUAAUCGAUGGUGAAGGGUACAUUGUAUGAAGCCGAGUAUUUGUAAAGUACAUAAGUAUGUUGAAUAAGAUGUAAUGUAAUCAGUUACUUUGGCUAGCUCACAAUGUGCAAGCGUUUUACCUUGAGAGUAAAAAAAACCUGGUAACUGUCGAGCCACUUUUUUCGACUUUUCACUAAUAGACUCAAUAAUCUAAUGGUUUUGUAUUGCUUUUAACCAUAAAUUCAUUUUUCAUCUCCACUCAAAGAAGAAAAGUCGUUAAGGUAAUUUUUGUUAGUAUCACAUUAUGUCCAUCUGGCAAAAAAUUAACAUUUUAGCGAUAAAUCUUAGAUUAAAAUAUAAGCCAUAUAUCUUUGGUCUAUUAAAACCAAUAAAUUUACAGUUUCUUGUUGACUUACAGUUUCAGUAGGGUAACCUAGUACCAGAUGAAAACACUGUUUACUAUUCCGUUGUGUUAAAUAGCUGUUUAAAAUAAUUUCGGUUUAUGAUGUAAAUCAUGUCUCCAACUACAGUAGAGAUUUUUCAAUAGCACAGUUAGUUACGGGGUAAGAAGUGACCACAUAAUUUUCUUGCGAUUCAAAGACCAUGAUUGUAAAUAUUGAUGGCUACAAUAUAUCUCUCGAUAGUUUAAAUGGACCUUGCUACUUUUAGGUAACUACUGGCAUCCGAAAGAAGUUGGUAAUUGUUGGUGAUGGAGCCUGUGGAAAAACAUGUUUACUCAUUGUUUUCAGCAAAGAUCAAUUCCCAGAAGUUUACGUCCCAACAGUAUUUGAAAACUAUGUGGCUGAUAUUGAGGUUGAUAAUAAGCAAAUAGAACUAGCUUUGUGGGAUACCGCUGGUCAAGAAGAUUAUAAUCGCCUCCGCCCAUUAUCCUAUCCAGACACCGAUGUAAUUUUGAUGUGCUAUUCUAUUGACAGUCCUGACAGUUUAUCUAAUAUCAAAGAGAAAUGGAUACCGGAAGUUAAACAUUUUUGCCCAAACACACCAAUUAUAUUGGUUGGAAACAAGAGUGAUCUCAGAUAUGAUGAUAAAGUUAUCAAUGAACUUGCCCGUUUGGGUCAACAUCCAGUUACAUCUAGCGAAGCAAAGGCAGUGUCUGCUUAUAUUGGCGCUUACGGAGAAAUUGAAUGUUCGGCGAAAACUAAAGAAAAUGUACGUCAAGUAUUUGAAUUAGCCUCUAGAGCAUGUUUAAAAAUACAGAAAAAACAUAGAAGUUAUAAAUUAUUUUGAACUUUACUCUUCUUCAUUUGUUUUCUAUUUUCGAUAGAUAAUUUAAUAAUAUUAUUUAUCUAAUAUUAACUUAUUUAUUUCUUGCUAGUAAGUAUUAUUAAACUUUAUUUCUUUCAUUUUGAGACGAUGGAUAAAUGACUGAACACAAGAAAAAGCUGUUGACUUCCUUUUCACAUUCCUACUUCUCAUCUCCAGUUGAUCUUAUUCCGCUGAUACUGCUGCAACUAGUACCGUUCAUUGUAGGGUGUUACUUCUUUUUGUAGUGUUGUUUUUUAUGCGGUAUUAUUAUUAUUAUUAUGUGUACUUUAUUUAUUCUAUUUAAAGAAAAUUGAUCUUUUUUUAAUCAACAACUAAUGUCAAUAUGGGUAUGUAUCUCUCUGUGUGUGAGUUCGCAUUACCCAUUUAAUGAUAAUCGUUUGUAUAUCUCAUUCCAAAGCUUAUUGUUCUUUAGAAUGAACAAUUAUUUUUACAAUGAAUUAUUUUCGAUUGUUCAUUGCAUAUGUAUCCAUUGUGCGCACGUGUGUGUUUAAGUGUUUAUUUUAAAUUCCUAAAUAAAAAAAGUGUCUUAUAUCGGAUUUCUUAAAAAGUUAUUUACUUUUUCUGCCGAAAAUGACUAUUUGUUUAUGAUUUGUAACUAAAAUAAAAUAAGUAAAGAGAGAGUGGUUCAAAGUAUGAGAAUUGAAUUGGUUUUCUAGUGAUCUGGUACAGUUGAUAAAGUGUUGAGUUAUUUUGAUGAAGUUUUGUUCUCUGUGCUGGAUGGUCUAGUCGUAGAGCUUUCAUCGUUCUUCUGAAAGACAUCAUCAGCACAAACUUCAGGUAGAAGUUGUGUUGAGUUAUACUUAUAUAACUUUUGAAUAAAGAAAACAUUUCAGUAAAUAGACACUUUUUAUAUUGAUUCUGAAGAAGUCUUAUUUAAACUUAUUGAUAUUUCGUAAUCAUUAAACAUUUGUAGUUCCGUAUUAUGAACUAACCGGUUAGAAUGAGUGUAUAUUGAUAAACUUUGUCAAGAACAAUAUCAGCAUGAUAAUAGCUAUCAUUUUAUGACGUAAUUGUAAUCGUUUAUCUAAUCCGAUUACACGUUUCUGUGGUAACUUUAAAUUUUCUGUCUUGAAACAGUGAAAUUUUCGAGAUAUUAAAGCUUUACGUGAUUAAACUUACUAUAAAACGAUUUAUUCUUAAUACUUAUUUUCAUGUCUUUUGUUUGGUGGUUAUCAUUAACUUGUUGUAAUUUAUUUGUAUUAAAUAGUUUAAUGUAAAUUGUUAAAACUAUUGAAGAUAUACACAAUCUUUAGAAAUUCUUGUUGAUCAUCCUUAAACAUUAUGAAGAUUUUGUACAUCUUUACACUAACACUUUGUAAUCAUCAAAACGAUUACCUGUUACAAUUCUUUAAAGCAAUAAUCCAUGGUUUCUUCGUCAUAAUUUAGUAUUAUGACUAAUAGAAAUAAUUCAGCACAUUUAUGUGAUGGCUCAAUUUUAAAGAACUAACCUUCUUUAUACAACAAUUUAUUUGGUACAUCAGAUAUUGUGUCUGAAUAUUAUAUAGAUUAAAAGUAAAUACCAUUCAUAAUUCAUCCCACUAUCUUCUUAAUUAAGUCACUUUUCCUAAUCCUCAGUAAAGUUUAGUCAGCUAAGAUAAGAGACUGAUUAUUUAUAAAUAGAGUACACCAGGUAAAAUUGCCAUGAUCGAGAGACGGUAUGUUUGUAUCCAGAUUUAAUCAUCGCUUUUUACAAAAGUUUGUCGUUUAACUAUUUUCAUAAGCAAAAACAGCAGGUCAUUCUCAUCUUUACUCAUGACUGUUACUCCUUAAACUUGAAUUUAUCAUGAUCCAAAUAUGUGUUUCUGAUAUGAUCUAUAUUUAUCUGUUGUUUAAAUGAACAUGGAAAUAUUUUCAAAUAAAGAUUACGUAUAGCAUUCAAAAGUGAGUUAAUUUGAGUAGGCGUUAAUUACGAAAUAUCACUGACUAGGAACUCCUUUGUUUGAAGAUGCCCUUAAUUUGUCAUAAAAAUUUGUUUUCAUAUGUGUUACCUUAGCGUAAAGCUUGAGAAUGCAUCAUUAGUUCCGACCAUUUGUACUGAGUCACUAAGUCUUAGCAUUCUAGUUAUUUCAGAAUUCCUAUUAGGUUCACUGAUCUCUUCACAAUACUUGUCAUACAUUUACUGAUCAGCUGUGGAUAAUGAAAGAUAAUCUUAAUGUUAAACAUUUCUCACCAAAGUUUACUUAGUUAACACGGACGAGAUAUUCUUUUGAUCUAAACAAUGAUCUAUGGUAAAUAAUAGGUGUGAAAUGAAGUUUAAAGAAAACUAGCUCACACAGUUAAUUUUGAACAAAGAAUAAUUGAAUAACUAUUUAAUAAUAAUAAAACGUUAUUGAUUAAUAAGAACUAAAUUAAAUAUUGGAUAUUGGCAUGAAAAUAAAUUAACUUGUGUGGAUAUUUUGAGUCUCCCUGUUGAUGUUGGGAACUACAGUUGAUCACUUUCCUUUGGCAUAUAUGCAUCCAAUGUGGAUUGCCUCGGAAUCGCCAUUCAGUCAAAAGUAUUUGACAUGCAGUCAGUUGUAUAAACUUACACCAUUGUUGAUGCUCACACCAGGACUCGAACCUAGUACCUCUAACUCCAAACACCCAACUUAGCUACUAGUCUAAAUGGUCAUUGGCUUGUGCAACAGCGUAAAUUUCACUCCAUUUCUAUUGGCUGGUUAAAUAGUUCUGUUUAAAUUCGUUACAAUUAAGUGAACGUAAAUUGUUAAUAAUAAUUUAAAAUGGAUAGAAAAAAAGUAAGAGAAAAAACACUGCAGUAGGAACAACUAAUAGAUAAAUUUGAAACCAACUUUCUGUGAUUUCUAAACAGUAUAGAUCAUACCGUAACUCAGUUUUAGUAUGAUAACAAGUUAUUUUAGAAGUACACUGAUUUCUAGUUUUAUUUGCAUUUCUGAUGUUCAUAAAAACGAAAGUCAUAUAUCAAAGAUGGAUUGUGGCUAGCAGUGUGACAAAUUUGUUAUCAGCGUUACGAUGAUGUAAAGCAUGAAUAUAGUUGUUAGUGAAUUGCUGUAGGCAAUUCAUAUUCAAAUAUUCUUUUGAUUCGAGUUAAAAUAAAUAAGUCAGAAACUUCCAUAAGUAUUUGACUAGGGUUUAUCACUGCUAAUUCCUUUGGUUAUAUAAGUUAUUUGUAGAUGGACUCCAGGAAAAUGAACCAGAGAAUUUACAGUAAAAAAUGUCUUCAGUAAUCAUGGAUCCUUUCGUUUACUUCUUGGUCUCUUGUUACUUUCUAGUUAAAAUCUGAAUAAAGAAUGACUCUCUGUCAAUCAUUGGAUGUAAAUUUACCUUACAGCAUAACAGACCAUUUUUAUUUAAUCAAAAAAGUAGAUUUUUAUACUUAUGCGAUCGCUUAUGUUUGAUAGUUUCCAGUUAAGAGCACUGAUCCAAAUCCAAUCAUUUCGAUCAAUCACAUUAAUACAACAUAAUAGCAUUCCAUUUAUGACUUAUGUUGUCAAUUAUAUUCAAUAUUAAAAGUUCAGGUAAUGUGCAAACUAUACUCUUCUAUAGAUUGUUUUAAUUAUUUGUUAGUUUAGUUAUAUGAACUAUUUGAUUGGUUGAUUGAAUUACUGAUCAAUAAAAGUGAUCAAUAUACUUGUGAAUAUAAUGAUUGAUGAGUACACCAUUUAAAAAUUGAUUUCAACUUUUAUUUUAGUGAUGAGAUGUAGUUUUUAUUUGGCUGAUAGAUGAGGAGGAGUUCAAUAAAAAAGAAAAUGCGUGUAGAAUACUCGCAUUAACUACUGGAUCGUCUUUAUUGAAAAGAAAAAAAGCCUCAAAUAAUUUCUAUCUUUAAAAUAUCUAUGUAAUUUCCAAGAAGAAAUACUACCGGCUGAAGUACUACCUAACUAUUUAAUCUUGGCUUAGCACUGUAAAACAGUAUGCGCACAGAAGUUUACGAAAGCUCGACAAGUCUCAUACUAUGAUGAUACAGUUGUUCUUGAAUCUCCGAGAUUAUAUGGCUUUGCGAACAAUAUCGGACUGUAGUUAAAAUGAGCCCUGCUUAGCAUGCAAAUACUAGUUAAAAUCUUUUAUUCAAUUGUUACAAUAAAAUCUUAAGGCUUAAUCAAUAAAUACAAUGAUCACUUUAUUGAAUGUUAGAUAAUUGAAGUCUAUCACCAGGAAAAGUUGAAUCUGAGCUAUAUGGAGCCUUUAUCACUUAAAACUUCAGCCAAUAGUACUACCACUUUUGUGUUCUUUUUCAGUUACAGCUGGCCAAACAAAGAAAAUUAUGAUCUCUAUAGAUUUUUUGAUGAUAAAUAAUGAGGCUGAAAUUAAUAUCUGCAAGAAAAACACAUUGAGUGUACAAUUUAACAUCGAAAGUUUCAAUCAAUUGGAUCAUCUAAUAAAGUAUUAGAGGGGUUUUGCGGAGCAAUAUGCUCUCAUGACCUAACCACUGGAAACCGGAGCCAUGAUCUACAGUCUUGCGUGUGGUAUUGUGACAGGAUAAAGUUUUGUUGCUGAACUGUGUAAUAAUAAUAUAUUCCCUACCUCAAUUCUUGUAGCUAAAUCCAAAACGUUGGGCCUAUUUUUCAGACGUAUGAUAUGCUGGAGCAGUCUGACAUAUUAAUUUAAUACCUAGUGAUAAGUCAGAAACUGGUAAAUUCACCCUAUUGGUCAUUAUUCGACUCUACUUUCUGAGGAAACAUAUAAACUCCAUAGGUUGAAAAUUCGAAUCAAUUUUUCGACGGAGGCAGGUAUAUUGGAACUUAUGUUAAAUCUUACUCCAUCCAUUUGAAGUAUUGAUUGUCGAGAUCUUUUAAUCAUACGCUUUUGUUACUGAUGGUUAUUGCCAGUUGUUUUUCUUAUUAGAUGUAAGUUCAUUCUAUAUGCUUACUGAGCCAUCACCACACUUUUCCUUUUGUCAUUCUCUCUCCCAGACAUUUUCUUAAGCAGUGCUUUUCACACUCCCUGCCACACGAAGUACUCUAGCUAGACUCAAGUCUACCAAAGGCUAGAAGUUAGGAUGUAUUUAUGAAUGAGCUUUUGUAUAUAUUUUGAUUCGGGUUUGUUAAUAAAAGCCUUCCACACGCUCUGCGUUAUCUCGCUGAAGUAGAUGAUUGAUCUUUCGAACAGGAAUCUUGCAUAUCUGUAGCAGAAUAAGAUGAGUAUCCAGAACAACAAAUUUUCUGGUGACGAACUUUCGACUCAACACGAAAAUCAAUUCAUAAUCUAGACAUCAUUAACGGAGCUCUAAUCAAUUUUCCAGUGACGGAAGAAGUAAGUUGAAGCAUAUCAGUAGAUAGCGAAGAAAAGGUUGACAAAGGUUUUUUUAGUGGCGCCGAUUUCAACUCAUUUGUCGUAUCUUGAGCUGUUGCCAUGCGAAUUAACAAUCAAUUAACUUUUCCGGUCCCAUAUGAACCCGAAACCAUCAUCGAUGGAAGUUUGAAUGUCACUCAAGACAUUAAUAACCCUGAUCACAAAAUUAUCCGAUGUUCAAAUCCAGCAUAUAUUAGUUAGUUCUGUAUUUCACUGAUUCCUUGCAAUGUGUUUACGAUGUCUAUUAACGUAUCUAGUUAAUAUCAUAUGGGGUCUAUGAGUCGCAGAAACUGUAGAAUAUUAUCAUUUCUAAGUUCAUCUUUUAAUUAGAAGAUACAUAGCUGAAAUAAAUUUUGGUUUAUAGGAAAAUUAAUAACGACAAACUUUACAGAUAAAAACAUAAGAACAUCAUACAAUGUAUUGACAAAUAGUAAUGACGUUGCUCCUUAAAAUAAAUAACACUGUGAUCUAUAAUACCAGAGUAGAUUUAACGUGAUUACAAACUGUCUUCAAAUGUACGAGUGAAAUGCUGUAAACUUUCAUACGUCCAAGACUUCAAUAAAUCUGGAAAUUCGUCUGAAAUUAUUUUCAUACAACAUUACAAAUGUUAAGAUCAG